CGUGUGUGUGUGCGCGCCCAUUGACUAUACAUGUAUGCGUGUGUGUUUGUACAUACAUCUGCCGCGAAAAACGUUUCUGCCGUCGCUGGUUUAGGCUGUUUCUCACUGGCUGGUGUUUCUGUUUUUGUCGGCUUGUCCGAGGACGCUGCCUCGUGCGGUUGUUAAGACGCACUCUCUCGCACUGUUAGUGGCACAGCGGUGAUAUUUUGAAGAUUAUUUCGUCUUCAAUGUCAGUUGUUGCGUGACAGCUCCAGGCGCGGCGCCAGCUUCCAAUGAUAGAGACAGAAUUUUUUUAUUAUUAUUAUUAUUUGGGAUGUUUAUUUGAUCAAUGUGAAUCGCGUUACCAUUUACGAGUGUAGCGGGAGAAAACGGGGACAGUAAGAGCAUUAAAUCUCUUGAGUUAAAUGGGCAGUUUUCGGUAGCCAGCUUAGUUAGCCUGCAAGCUAGCUGUAUUGGUUGUUCUCUUAUGGUUGUAUAACAACAACACCUGUGGCAUUAAAAGCUCAGGUGUGGUGAGAAGUUUUGUCGCAGCUUGCAAAGAAGACUUGGAUCUAAAUAGGCCAGUUUUGUCUACAAGGGACAUUCCAGCUGAAGCAGGUUUUGGUCAACCUCCGUUUGUCUUCCUCGUGGCUUGCUGUCCUCUUUCAACCCCAAUGACCUCAAUGCCUCUUUUAACCUCUGAGUCAGUGACAGUCCCCAACCCAUUCUGUGGCCAGUGAGAAAAGACGUUUAGAUUGUGCAAAAGCUGCGGCGGGGUGCUUUUCCAAAUGCCUACCUCACGCCUAAAGAACAAAUUACUACAGCCACAGCCCUGAUCAGCAGCCACCAUGACAUCAAGCAUAGGGGAUGAUUGCAGCCUCACUGAUGGGUUGAUGGAAGAAGAUGAGAAGGACAAGGCGAAACGCGUGUCCCGUAACAAGUCGGAGAAAAAAAGGAGAGACCAGUUCAAUGUCCUCAUCAAAGAGCUUGGCACCAUGUUGCCAGGUAACACCCGAAAGAUGGACAAGUCCACCAUCCUGCAGAAAAGCAUCGACUUCCUGUGUAAACACAAAGAGAUUGCAGCUCAGUCAGAGUCGAGCGAGAUCAGACAGGACUGGAAGCCCCCCUUUCUAAGCAACGAAGAAUUCACACAGCUCAUGUUGGAGGCUUUGGAUGGAUUCUUUAUAGCAAUAAUGACUGAUGGGAACAUCCUUUAUGUCUCUGAGAGUGUCACCUCUUUACUAGAACACCUACCAGCGGACUUGGUGGACCAGAACUUGUUAAACUUUCUGCCUGUUGGGGAACACUCCGAAGUGUAUAAGGUUCUGUCUACACACCCGACUGAACUGGAGAGCCUCAGUAGUGACUAUAUGAAGACUAAGAAUCAUCUAGAGUUCUUCUGUCACAUGCUGCGAGGAGCAAUUGACCCCAAAGAGCCUCCAGUUUAUGAAUAUGUGAAAUUUAUUGGCAACUUCAAAUCCCUCAAUAACGUUCCAAACAUUACGAGGAAUGGUCUGGCAGGAGUGUUACAGCGGUCGCUGCAGCCUGCCUUCGACGACCAGGUGUGCUUCGUAGCCACCGUCCGCUUGGCCAAACCUCAGUUCAUCAAGGAAAUGUGCACAGUCGAAGAGCCAAAUGAAGAAUUCACCUCAAGGCACAGUCUAGAAUGGAAAUUCCUCUUUUUAGACCACAGAGCUCCACCAAUCAUAGGCUAUCUGCCUUUUGAGGUUCUAGGAACAUCAGGGUAUGACUAUUACCACGUGGAUGACCUGGAGACGCUUGCCAAAUGUCACGAACACUUGAUGCAGUAUGGAAAAGGGAAGUCAUGUUAUUAUCGCUUCCUGACUAAAGGUCAACAGUGGAUCUGGCUGCAGACACACUACUACAUCACCUAUCAUCAGUGGAACUCCAGACCUGAGUUUAUUGUUUGCACACACACGGUGGUCAGCUAUGCAGAGGUGAGGGCAGAGCAGCGCAGAGAGCUGGGAAUUGAAGAGACCAAUCCAGAGGCAGCUGUUGAUAAAAGUCAGGACUCUGGUUCGGAGUCACAGCUGAACACAUCCAGCUUGAAGGAAGCUCUGGAGCGGUUUGACCACAGCCGAACACCGUCGACAUCCUCGCGGAGCUCCAGGAAGUCCUCGUCUCAUGUCUCGGACAACACUUGCACUUCAACAGCUCCCAAGCUGCAUAUGGACAUGGCGACGCCCCCUCGACAGUCCCUGGCCUCUACCAUGGAGAUGACAUCUCAGCGACGCUCUUCCAUCAGCAGCCAGUCAAUGAGCUCACAGACCACAGGACAGAGUUUGAAUCCUGGCAUGAUCACUCAGCAACAACAGCAGCAGCAGCAGCAACAACAGCAGCAACAACAACAACAGCAACAACAACAGCAGCAGCAGCAGCAGCAACUUCAGGCAAAUGUACAGCCGGUGAUGGAGUUCUCAGCACAGGUGAAUGCCAUGCAGCACCUGAAGGAGCAGCUGGAGCAGAGAACCCGAAUGAUCCAGGCAAACAUCCAGCGGCAGCAGGAGGAGCUGAGGAACAUCCAAGAUCAACUGCAGAGAGUCCAGGGACAGGGCAUACAGAUGCUGCUGCAACAACAGCAGCAGCAGAGUGGAACGAUGAACGUCCAGCUCCAGCAGGUGGGCUCGGUCCAACAAGCAGCUACCUUGACUGGUCAGGUCCAGCAGCCCUCAGUUAACCCUGUUCAUUCAGGAUCUCAGCAGCUCACCAUUCAGCAGCAAGCUCCUCCUCCUCAUCAGAGCUUACAGCAGCAGACCAAUACACUCGCACAGCGUCAGCCACAGCAAGCUGCCCAGGCUCAGCCUCAGGCCCAGGGAUCCGUUUCUGCCCCGCUCUACAACACCAUGAUGAUUUCCCAACCAGGACCACCAAACGUGCUGCAGAUCAGCACCAGCCUCCCGCAGAACAACACGCAGCAAGGCACCGCGGUGGCCACCUUCACACAGGACCGACAGAUCCGAUUCCCAGCAGGGCAGCAGCUUGUAACAAAGCUCGUGACGACUCCAAUGCAUGCAUGUGGUGCUGUCAUGGUGCCCACCUCUAUGUUUAUGGGGCAGGUUGUUACAGCCUACAACCCCUUUGGUGGCCAGCAGCAGGGGGGACAAACCCAGACCUUAACUCUACAACCGGCCCAAUCAUCUCAAGGUCAACCCGAUGGCCAAAACCAAACAACUGUAGUGGCACAAAACAACCAGCAGGGGCAGCAGCAACAGCAGUUCCUGCAGGGCACUCGUCUUCUUCACAGUAACCAGUCUACCCAGCUGAUUCUGCAGGCAGCGUUUCCUCUCCAGCAACAGGGAGCUUUCACCCAGACAACACUUCCACAGCAGCAGCAACAACAACAGCAGCAGCAGCAGCAGCAGCAGCAGCAACAACAACAGCAGCAUCAACAACAUCAGCAGCAGCAGCAACAUCAGCAGCAGCAGCAAAGGCAACAAAAGCAGCAGCAGACGCAGCAGCAAUCUCACCAUCAGAGGCACCAGCAGCAGCUGAAACCACAGCCGCAGAAACAGCAGAAAGCCUCGUCAUCACACAGGACUGACAGUGUUAACCACCAGCAGCAAUGACUCCUGGAGGAAAGCUGUAGGGAACUGCUGUACAUGUCUGUGUGGGUCUUCUGGAUGUCACAGACCUCUCCUCCCCUCCAAAAAAACGAUCGCCUUCCCUUCCUUGAUUUGAAAGAUUUUUACUUCUAGGAAAGAGGGAAAGUUCAGAGUUCGUAAGGAACUUUGCGACAGCCAUCGCUGAGGCUUAAGGAAGGAGAAAGUUCCUGUUUUCCUCUUCAGAGGUAGAAUCAUGAGGGAGCUUCAGUGUCUUUGGAGACUUCGAAAGGAAAAAGAAAUACACCGUACGCCGAUGAUUAUGGACUUUUUUUUUUUGAAAGAGUCUCAAAGUAGACAGUGUACAGAUUUACUGUAUGAUAAAAAGAAAACCUGUAAAUAUCCAAGUAUAGCCUAACAGAAAACAAAACCAUAGUAUUUUAUAUGACUGCAUGGAAAGAAUAACUGUGUACGCUUUUAUUAGUUGCUUUUGGAAACAGAGUUUUUACUUUUUUGUGGUUUCUGGUCAAACAGAGCAGUGAUGUGCUCUCUAAGACCCCCUCCCCGUUCUCUUGAAAAGAAAAAAAGAAAAAAACAAGUCCAGAACAAGGCUUUAAAGUCUUUUGGUGUAUUUAAAAAAAAAAAAAAA